AUGGCGGUCGACGCCAUCAACUGCACCAACAUCAGUACGGACACCGUCACGGUCACAACGGACACGAACGAUACCAACGGCACCAACGACACAAACGACACGAACGACACGAACAACACUGCCGCCCGUCGACUUCAAGCAUCGAGCCCGUGCACGAUGGCUUCCGUGGCCCAAGUCGGUCUGGAUAGCGCAGCCUACUUCCACGACUGCACCAACAAGGCCCAUGAUGAGGUGUGCAUCGCUCACUGCGCGCAAGGCUGGAAUAUGACUCAGGAGGAGCCAUCCAUUUUCGUUUGCAAGAGUGGCUUCUUGGUUGGUGCGUCGCUGCCAACAUGCGUCCCGCUCCCGUGCAGCUACUCUUUCCCUGAUGGCUUGGGUGUACGGCACAACUGCCUGGGCGUCCGUUCUGCGGAGUCUUGCGAGGCGACGUGCACCGAGGCAGGGUACACCUACGCUGCCGGCGCUUCUGCCGAAACCUGGACAUGUUUGCCCACAGGGAGUCUCGACGGGCAGGUCCCUACAUGUGAGAGAAUCGCCUGUGUCGACUUGGCCAUCAACACAAUGUACUCUCACAACUGCCAAGGAAAGCGCUUCGAGGACACCUGUUCCGUGGGCUGCGGACCAGGUUUUACGCUCUCCGGCACGGCUGCGCAGUACCAGUGCCAGGCCGACGGCAACAUCACCGGCUCACUUCCCACCUGCUUGGGCAAUCCGCUCCUUGUCCUGGGAAGCUAUGAAACCUAG